GGGCGGACAAUAGCUUUCGAAGGGUUGUUGAAUUACAUACUCCAGCCGAUUGGUAAAAAUAAUUCUCGUUGAUUAGCUUAUACAUCUUGCAAAAUACUAGUGGAAAUUGGUAUUUAUUUUCCCCGGAACUGAAAUGAUGGAAUGUUCGAUCUCGCUGUGAAAGGAUGAGUUCUUGUUUUGUACCAAACGGGGCCAGCUUGGAGGAUUGCCAUUCCAAUCUAUUCUGUCUGGUAAGAGAUUUAAAACUAAAGGAAAAGCAGCCAUUUUUAACUAGCUGAAGAGAGCAAAAACGGUAGCCACAGCAGUGGGAAACAGUCGUAGGGCCCUUCUAACACUGCAAUUCAAACAUCAUUCACCAAGGCAAUGGUUAUUUGCAUACUGAGAAGUUGUGCAAGCUUAAGAAAUAAUAAGGUUAUCUGUCACUUGCAGCUGCAUGCAUGUGUUUGCCAUCAUAAAUGUUCAGUUUGAUCAUAUUAAAUACAUUCCAGCCCUGAGAGUGUUAGGCAAUAAAUGUGCAACUAAUGUAAUGUGUGUUGAUAAACAUCUUAGCCAACUAGAUAUAACUAGCAACACUGAAUACCAUGCAUGAUACAUGUUUUUCCACUUUUUCCACUAGUUGUUUGCUUGGUUGAAGUAACGUUAUGCUUUUUAUCGAAUGCAUUGUGCAGCAUGUUUACGUGACCUAAAAAUAAACCCAAUCAGUUUGCUAGUCUGCUAACUAGCUUGCAAUGUCGUACAUUUGCACAAAUAGCAAGUUAACUAAAUGACAGAUACAUUUACAUUCAGUCAUGGAAUGCAAAGUAAAGGCUUGUGAACAUUGGCUUCUAAUUUCAACUCCCAUGUUCAAUGAAUUAAUCAUGUUGUUCUUGUCAGUGGGCCGGUGUAGUUGUUCAGAUACAUUGCUUGCUACAUUGUUUUCUUUAAAGUAGCCAAUGAAGAGCUUGGUUACUGAAACAGCGUAUCCUAUUCGCUGGCUUACAUGUACGGUACUUUCCCUUUGAAGUUGUCAGGUUUGCUUGCCA